GACCGGUGGGACAGAGCGGUCAGCGGAGGCGGAGCGACGCUACGGCCAGGCCCUCCCAGCUGCACUGGCAAACAUGGCAGCGCGGCGGCCUCGCUCCGCCUCAGACCAUGAAAGUGAUGAUGAUUCAUACGAAGUAUUGGAUUUAACAGCAUAUGCGAGGCGUCACCAUUGGUGGAAUCGUGUAUUUGGCCGAAAUUCUGGACCAAUUGUAGAAAAGUAUUCUGUAGCUACCCAGAUUGCAAUGGGUGGAGUAACUGGCUGGUGUGCAGGAUUUUUGUUCCAGAAAGUUGGAAAACUUGCAGCAACUGCAGUAGGCGGUGGCUUUCUUCUUCUUCAAAUUGCUAGUCAUAGUGGAUAUGUACAAGUUGACUGGAAGAGAGUUGAAAAAGAUGUAAACAAAGCAAAAAAACAGCUAAAAAAGCGAGCAAAUAAGGCAGCACCUGAAAUCAAUACCCUCAUUGAAGAGUCAACAGAAUUUAUCAAACAGAACAUAGUGGUAUCGAGUGGAUUUGUUGGAGGUUUUUUGUUAGGCCUUGCAUCUUAAGGACCUGAAUUUUGUCUUCCUGAUGGCAUCCACCACAGCAAAGAACAGUUGUAGUGAUGCACUGUCUUGAAGCAAAGCAGUGUGGGUCAUUAAUCACUCCAGAGCCAGGAGAAAUGGACUAGCUAGACAAAUUGGAAGCUUUUACAUUUUAGGCUUUUGCCUCCUGAAGCUUGGCAAAACUACGACUUGCUGAAAAACUGUGCAGCUGCUCAUUAUAGCAUUUAUGGGCAAAACUGAUUAAUUUUCAUCAUGACUUUUUUUAUUGCUGUCCAUUCAGAAACUAGUAUUUUUAAAAUGUACUUCUUGGGAUAUAGAUAUAUGUUACAGUAUUGAAGGAAGGAAAGCUCUAUUUCUGUCUAACAGUUUUUCAGUUAAAUGUUGCUUUAUCUUUAUUUAAAAGAGAUAUUGUCCUCCAUGCUGUAGUGUAUAGUGCCGAUGACUAAAAUAAUGUGUAUGAUAUUGUAGUUUCAGCCUCAAGGUUGACCAUGUUCCUUAGAAAUCACUGCAAUAAUCUGUAAAUCUGUAAUAUCUUUUUACAGAAGUAUUGAUAACAGAUUCAUGAGCAUAUUAAAGAUGAAAAUCAAACUUUGA